AUGGCCAAGCUGAUCGGCCAGCGAGUGCAGGGAAACCUUUGGGAGGAGAUCUGUGCAGAAUUUGAAGCAAUCAGUUCUCAUUUUUUAGAGGAUUCAACUCCAGAUACAGCAUCUGUGUCUACUGAAAUAUCUCAGUAUGACCCCAGCAAACAUUCCCCAGUUUUUUAUGGUCAUAUGGUAGCAAAGGUUUCAGUGGAUACAUCAGUGUUAGAAAACUUCAGUGCUGAAUAUUCACAUCCGGCAUUUUUAGGUCAUGCAAUCGUUCAGAAACCUCCUCCUCCACCAAGUCCGCCACCUACUCCACCUGUCCCACCACCUGAUCAAAAUAAAUCUACUCCAAGACAGUAUUUGGAACACCACAUUUUUCCCGUACUUCUCCCAGGCCUGUAUGAAACACUCAAAGAAGCUAAAAUUGAGAAAUGCUUUGAGAGAAAAAAGACUAAAUUCAAUGCUUGUGACUUUUUGGCAGAAUGGUUGUACAACAAGAAUCCAAAGAGGGUUGGCAAGAAGUUUGUUGCCUUCAGUGAAAUUCCCUUUGUUAAAGGAUGGCUUAAGGAUCAUCCUAGACCGCCAAUCCCUCUGUCUCUCUUAUUGUCAGAAGAUGAAGCUGCACUUAUAAUUCAGUCUUUCUGGAGAGGUUACCAGGUUCGCUGUGAUUCAGAAAUACAAGAACUGCGGCAAUGGCAGAAAGAACUAAGGGAAGAGAACAGAGGUUUUAAGGAAAAAAUAAUUAAAUUUUGGGCUGAUCAGGAAUCUAAAGUUGGACAGAAAAUGGAGGACCCUGAAGAGUCUAUUCCUCACUCUUCUGAGGAAGUGCCUGUUAAAGUACCUUCACCUACCCAGUAUGAAAUAAUGCUGAGCAUCAGAGAAGCUUGUGAUUAAUUGAUGCAAAUUGUUUUUUGUUCUCCAAUUUGUA